UUUUUGCCGCCGCCAUAAGUAUCGUCUGAGACUCACAAUCGGUCCCUUUCCUUAAAGCUCCACCAAUCUUUUCUAUACCAUCCUGUUUUCAAAUGGCUGACGCUAAGGCUGCCAAGAAGGAGGGUGGCAAGAAGGGCGUGGACAUCAGUGGUAUGUCGGACAUGGGCGGUGUGAAGUUCUUCAACGUCACUCUCGAGAGCGCCAACGGCGACCUUGAGCUUGCGAGCGUUGCUCUGGAGGGCAUGAACGCCCCCGUCGACGAGGCCGCUGAGGAGCGCAAGGGCGGCGCUGGUCACCUAGGCAAGAUGCUUUUGUCUGCUGGUGACAAGACCGUGGCUCUGGUUUGCAACAUCCCCAAGGAGUUGGGGGAGUCCUACCCGCACGUCAAGGCCGCUGACUGGGUAGAGAAGCUCAUCCAGGCAGCCGGCGGCAAGGUUGCAAAGCGCGAGGAGUCGGACGAGGUCAUUAAGGUAUUGAUUGAGGGCGACACGGAGAACGGCCUCUUCCCAUUGAAGAUGCGUGACGCCGCGUCCAGCGCUGGCUUCGCCUUCCUGCGUGAGAAUGGCCUUCUCCCAGCGGACGACUCUGAUGACGACUACAUCCCUGACCCCGAGGCGGCUGGCAUUGAGUGGUAGUUGGUGGAUAGUAGUUGGUAAGGGUUGUGCAAAGGAGCGAACCGCGUUGGGCCUGGGCUUGUUCACGAUGGAGGGGUAAUUAGAGGCUUGGGCGUCUUGCUGACUGGUACCCAGCGCCUAUCACCAAUUCUCACCCUCUAGCAAUUUAGCAGUUAAACGUACAUGGCUAAGUAGAGAGGUUAGCAUUUACCUCUCUACCUGGGUUUCAACGUAUGGCAGGAUUAAGUGCGGAGCAUGGCGCGUUCGGCCAGCGGCCAGCAGGAUGGUGGCAUCGUAAUAUUCAUUUACCUGCAGCAGGCCUGCUAUCUAAGGUCCGUGUCCUGACUCCUUAUCAUGCCGCGCUUGAGCUGGUAUACGGCAGGUCGUCUUGCUGCUGCUUAGUGGUUGCGAACUUUUGGCGCCAACAGUGACGGAGUAGUCUGUAAGGCAUUCGAGAGGCUGGUU